CGCAAGGUUUCUUACUUUCUUCUUCCUCAAUUGUGUUGUUGAUUACAGACCUACUAGGCGGACAGCAAUGAUAUCCGCUUCUUCUCCUCCAAGCUCUCAUCUUUUAUUGACUCACUCUUCUCAGUGUUUUAAAACUCCCAAGCUUUCUCAUCAGUGUAAGCAGCAGAAUACAAGGGCUGAUCCAUCACGAAGGGCUUCUAAAGUUGUUGCUUAUUAUGGCUUGAAGGAGCCACCUUAUAAACUUGAUGCCUUGGAACCCUAUAUGAGUCGGAGGACAUUGGAGGUUCAUUGGGGAGGCCAUCAUCGUAACUACGUGGAAGGUUUAAACAAACAGCUUGAGAAGAGUGACAAGCUGUAUGGCUACACUUUUGAUGAACUUGUCAAAGCAACAUAUAAUAAUGGCAAUCCCUUACCUGAAUUUAACAACGCAGCUCAGGUGUGGAAUCAUGACUUUUUUUGGGAAUCCAUGCAACCUGGAGGGGGGGACAUGCCCAAACUAGGUGUACUUGAGCAGAUUGAAAAGGAUUUUGGUUCCUAUACAAGUUUCAGAGAGAAGUUUAUAGAAGCAGCACUAACUCUAUUUGGCUCAGGCUGGGUUUGGCUUGUUUUGAAGAGAGAAGAGAGACAGCUUAAGAUAAUUAGAACUUCAAAUGCCAUUUGCCCACUUGUCUGGGAUGACAUACCGAUAAUCAGUUUGGAUAUGUGGGAGCAUGCUUACUAUCUGGAUUACAAGAAUGACAAAGGAAAGUAUGUGGAUACAUUUAUGAACCACCUGGUGUCUUGGAAUGCCGCAAUGGUGCGCAUGGCCCGUGCUGAGGCAUUUGUGAAUUUAGGCGAACCUAGUAUCCCUGUUGCUUAAAAUGCUUCAAGAUUAAAAAAGUAGUGCGGCUGACUAUUAUCAAGAGGCUCCCCUGCUCAGUUUUUGCUAGUUUUUUUGGGGAGUUUGAGCUAGAAUUUGAUUUAGUGCUCAAGAAAAAGGACCGAUCCGCAUGCGGUGCUGUUGUGCUGAGUUGCCCUGAUGAUCUGCAAUUCUGCAUCACAAAUAGUGUAAUUUUGGGGUCACAGUAGAAAAUUCUAGUAUGGUGCAUCAAGAUUCAAUGUUGUAUUUUUUGGAAGUUGGACAGUGUAUUGGACUAUUAGUGUUGUACAAAGAUAGGCAUGUAAAACAUCAGUUGAGCAAUGAAUUUGUUUUUUUUUC